CUUUGACAUGGCCUGACACUGGUGACGGUUUGCCGAGUAUCUCCGCUUUUUUACGGGAAUAUUCCUUGAUUCCAGCUAUGUUUUUUCGACUCUAUGCUAGUUUUAAAUCGUCGUGCACGGUAUAACAACUGUAUUCUUCCGUCAAUACUGUAAACGCGAUGCAUACGACUAUGUUAAAAACAAGACAUCUGAUUGGAAUGUGACUGUUUCUCGGCGUAUCAGCGCUUCCGGUUUACCGAGAGUGAACCCAGGGAGUGAUCACAGACAUUUCCAUCUACUCCGAAAACUGCACAAGUUUCGACAAUGAACUUUUUAGCCAAACAUGUCACUCUUGCGGAGAAAAAUGAAGAAUCUUGAUGUCCGUGUUGUCACUUUCGACGCGGAGUUGGAAUUCAGGGUUGAGUGGAAAUCUGCAGGUAAACAUUUAUUUGAAUUAGUGUGUCGGACAAUUGGUCUGCGUGAAACAUGGUACUUCGGUUUACAGUAUUCAGAUCGCAAAGGCUAUCCAGUAUGGUUGAGACCAGAAAAGAAGAUUGUGGAGCAAGAUUUACCUCACGAGAACCCAGUUUGCUUUAACCUAAUGGUAAUGUACUAUCCAGAAGAAGUAUCUGAGGAACUAAUUCAAGAAAUUACACAACAUUUAUUUUACUUACAAGUCAGACAUUUAAUACUAAGUGAAGAGAUAUUUUGUCCACCAGAAGCCUCUGUGUUAUUAGCAUCAUAUGCUGUUCAGGCUAAAUUUGGUGACUAUGAUGAAUCAGUACAUUUACCAGGUUUUCUAUCAGAAGAAGACUUAUUACCCCAAAAAGUAGUUGACCAAUAUCAAAUGACAUCAGAUAUGUGGGAAGAGAGAAUCACAGCUUGGUAUGCUCAGCAUAAAGGAAUGACAAGAGAUGAAGCUGAGAUGGAGUAUCUGAAAAUUGCACAGGACCUAGAAAUGUAUGGUGUGAAUUACUUUCAAAUAAAGAAUAAAAAAGACACAGACCUAUGGCUGGGAGUUGAUGCAUUGGGGUUGAACAUUUACGGAUUGGAAAAUCAACUCGCUGCUAAAAUCUCGUUUCCAUGGAGUGAAAUUAAAAAUAUAUCGUUUCAUGAUAAAAAGUUUGUCAUCAAACCCAUAGAUAAGAAGUCUCCUGAUUUUAUAUUCUUUUCUCAGAGGUUACGGGUGAAUAAAGUUAUUUUACAGCUUUGUGUUGGCAAUCAUGAAUUAUUCAUGAGGCGUCGUAAAGUGGAUUCCAUGGAGAUACAGCAGAUGAAAGGACAGGCCAGAGAAGAGAAGGCCAGAAAGCAGAUUGAGCGGAAUAAACUUUCUCGAGAAAAACAUUUGCGAGAAUUGGCAGAACAUGAGAAAGAAGAGUUACAAAGACAACUUCGGCACUUCCAGGAAGAAGCAAGAUAUGCAAAUGAAGCCUUGAUGAGAUCAGAAGAAACAGCUGAUUUAUUAGGAGAAAAGGCCAGUGUUGCAGAGGAAGAAGCGCUACUGUUAGCCCAGAAGGCAACGGAAGCCGAACAAGAGACGCAACGGAUAAAAAUGCAGGCCAUUAAGUCUGAAGAAGAGAAGAUGUUGAUGGAACAGAAAGCCUUGGAGGCUGAAAUGAUUGCUUCUAAGAUAGCUAAAGAUUCUGAAAGAAGGAAUAAAGAAGCUGAUCAACUAAAAGAAGAAUUAAUCCGAGCAAAAGAGGCUGAAAAAAGUGCCAAAAACAGAUUGAUUGAGAUAACUAGAACGACCUGGACGAUAAAGGCUGGCACAACCAGAGCAAGAGUCGCUUUCUUUGAAGAACUAUAGAAGAUGGUGCUACAACUCAAAUUAUAAUUUAUUAUACAAUUAUUAUGAAUUAUUGGCAGUUAUAAAUACAGCAUGAACUUUUAUUAUAUAAUAUUUUUUUAAGUUCUUAGACAUUUUGACCACUUUCCUUUCCUCAGUGUACAACCAUAAUAGUACAGUAGCAUUAUGGCCAUCCCCUGCAAUUUGUAUCAUACGGCCAGAACUAAAUCACAGAAUUUUUGAACAUUUUGACUCUCAACUCAUAACCUGAUUGACAACAGUGAUUGACAGUAGUAGCAGAAAGAGAGCCCUCUGUGGUUAUGUCAUCAAAAUAUGAAAAGGGAAGAUCAAGCACGAGCAUAAUUUCUGGUGGUUUAACAAGAUAAAAUCUUUCUGUGAUUCAUGUCAAUCCUGAUAUGUAGAGCCUAUUAUUUUAAAGGGGUUAACCAUUAUGAAACUUGUAUUUUGUUUUUUUCACUUACAAUAAAAAAUAUCAAAUGAAUUAUCUUACAAUCAACCUGCAACAAACAAACAAACAAACACUGGCAGCAUUGUAUUUAUGUUAUGACUAUACAAUUGUUGUUGCAUUGGACUCGUGGUCGAUAGACUCAAGUUCAGAUCCUACCAGGGGUUGAACACCUGGGUGAGUGUGCUACAGAAUUUAAUGGGAAGGAUAAACCCAUUGGUCAAGAUUCAUUCACUGACAGAUGCGACUUGAGGGGAACCAUGGUUAAGGUCCGCAGGUACUUGUGUUUGACCAGGCUUGGUUGAUGCCAGAAUAGUUACAGAGAGAAUAUGACUGGAAUAUCGUUUCUUUAACUCUAUAUAUACACCUAUUAUAUAAUUAUAUAUAACCUAAAAGUGGUAUAUACAACUAUUAUAUAAUUAUAUUAACACAAAAAUGGUUUUCUUUGACACACUAUAUGUCAACACUUGCACUUUGAACAUUGAAUUUUGAAAAAAAGUCAGGAAACAGUCACAAUUCAAUGUACAAUAUGUAUGUAACUGUCGCCUGGCACAAAAAAAUGAAUAAUAAAAAAAAAAAAGUUUUUGGGAAUGGAUUCUUAUCAGAUGAAGAUGACAAAUGAAUAUCGGUUUGGUGUCCUGAUUAUGACUGCAAUAUACAGAGUGACG